AUGACCGGUGCCUUUAUUAAUGAUGUCAAGAUUGCUAAAAAAGGAUGGGUUAUACCCGGUCAACGUUCUCAAUUCUUUGAUAUCACACCUAUGAAUUAUACACUUCAAUUACAAGCUAUGACAGCAGAAAAACUUGAAUUCAAUUUACCUGCUGUAUUUACUAUUGGUCCAAAAGAUGAUAUAAAGAGUUUAGAAAAAUAUGGUAAAUUAUUGUCAGCCAAAGAUAAAAGUUCGGAACAUGUUAAAGAUUUGGUUAGAGGUAUCAUUGAAGGUGAAACAAGAGUUAUCGCUGCUGCAAUGACUAUGGAAGAAAUUUUUCAGGAAAGAAGAGGAUUUAAAGAUAAAGUCAUUAAGAACGUUCAGGCUGAAUUAGAGCAGCAAGACACACAAGGAAGUGAAUAUUUCGCAUAUAUGCGAACGAAAACUCACGAAGGUGCUAUUAAUCAAGCUAAAGUAGACGUUGCCGAAGCAAAAUAUAAAGGCGACGUCGGUUCUAAGCUUCGAGAAGGUUUGACUAGACAAGAAACGUCAAAAAUUGAAUCCGAAACUGUCUUGGUUGAAAAUGAACGCAAAAUAUCCAUCGCUCAAGCAGAAAUGAACUUAGCUACUAAAAAAUCAGAAUAUGAACAACAAACUAAGAUCGCAGCUAUUGAAGCCGAGCAAGCUGCCAAGAUGCGACAAGAAGAACUUCAAAAAGAUGUUGAAGAACGUAGACUUUUAUCCGAAACUGAGCGUCUUAGAGUUCAAUAUGUUGCGAAGGCCACUGCUGAAUUUGAAGCUGCAAAAGCUGUCGCAAAUGCUAAACUAUAUACAGUACAAAAAGAAGCCGAGGCUGAGUUAUAUAAGAAACAAAAAGAAGCUGAGGGUGUAUUAGCUAUUUAUAAUGCUCAGGCUGAAGGUAUAAAGAAUUUAAUGCAAGCGUUUGGUGGCGAUAGACAAGCUGCUCUUCAAUACGUAAUGAUUGAAAGAGGUGUAUAUCAACAAUUGGCCAAAGAAAAUGCACAAGCUAUUCAAGGACUCAACCCGAAAAUCACAGUUUGGAAUACUGGUGACUCUAACAUUAAUGGAAAUGCAAAUAAUACAAACCCUAUUGCUAAUAUAUUCCAAAGUUUACCACCAUUAUUGUCAACUAUUCAAGAUCAAACUGGAAUUACCCCCCCUAAUUGGGUCGCUCAGAUGCCAUCUUCUAAUACAAAACUUACCUCUAGUUAA